AUGCAGAGUCCUUCUUCCUCUCUCCCAACAGAAAAUAAUCACCACCACCACCACUCGAACCACCACUCGAACCACCACUCGAACCACCACUCGAAUCACCACUCGAACCACCACUCGAACCACCACUCGAAUCACCACACACGAUCACUCUCUCAUUAUGGUCAACUCAAUAAUCAUCAAAAUGAUGGCAAUGAUCGAUUGUAUCAUGUCUAUCAAAUACAAUUCACAUCUCCAUCUUCCUCUUCUUUAAAACAUGUAUUUCUAUUUCCAACCAUUCCCAUCGACAAGUUUUCGAAUAUCAUUAACCAUGAUCAUCACACUACUACAACUAAUAAUCAUCAUCACACUAUUACUACUACUACUACUACUAAUAAUAAUAAUAACAACAAUAAUAAUAGAAUUACACAACAAAGAGAAUUACAAUGUUUUAUCAUGUUAUCAUUGUUUAAAUUUGAUAUUUGUGAUUUGGAUGUUUUAAGAAAAGAUGGAUUAUCCAUUGAUGGUUCAUUUAAAUAUUUAUGUCCAUUGAAAUUAACCAAUGAUAAUGUUGAGUUUAUUGUUAAUAUUCAUAAUUACUAUUUAUCAAUUAUUGGAAAGGAUAAAAAUAAUUACAUGAAUAUUCACUCGAUUAUUCAAUCUGAGUCACCACUCAUUGAAGAUUACAAACAUUUAUUUAUUUUACCUAUUUUUACUCACAAAGAUGGAUCUUGUAUUUCAUUUGACACAUUGAAUCAUCAUCAAUCAUUUGAAACAUUAAAUCAUCCUUAUGAAAAUUCUUUAUUAACAUUUAAUGAAUUUAAUCAUCUUCUAGGUAUUGAAUAUAAUUUACAUGAGGAACAAGUGAUGAAUUUAAAACAAUACUUGAUACAACAAUUACAUUCUUAUUUUCCACAUAUUGAACCAAAUCAACUCUUUAAAUAUGUGAGAGAUCAUUAUGAUCAUCCUAUUCAACAACAACAACAACAACACCAUCAACAACAACAACAACUCGAUGAUCAUCCUAUUCAACAACAACAACAACACCAUGUUGAUCAACAACUCGAUAAUCACACUUGUACAUCCAAAGAAUCCUUUCAUCAUUCAUCAAUUUCAAAUAUUCUCUCACAAAUUUUAAAAGAAUUACAAUUUACAGUGGUCAUGACGAGUUACAAUCAAGUACCUUAUGUGAUUGAAUCCAUUGAUUUUGUAACAAGUAUUCAUGAUUGGAUCACAUUGACGAAUCGAUCUCACUUGUUGACUAGUAGUACAUGUAGUAGUACUGCUACUAGUCUAGAUCAUGGUGUUGUUGUUGAUAGUAGUACUAGUAGUAGUACUAGUAGUAGUAAUGAUGAUGAUGAUGAUUUGCAACAAGUGAUCAAACACCACUCAUCACAAGUUGAUUCAAGUGUUACUACCACCUCUAUGAAUACCACUAUGAAUACCACCACCACCACCCUUAUCACCACCACCUCUAUGAAUACCAUUUCAUUUAAAGAUUUCUAUAAGAAACAAUGGAAUUAUGAUAUACAAGAUGAAUAUCAACCAUUAAUUAAGGUUACUAAUUGUGAAUAUAGAAAAGUGAAUGAAUUACUUUUGAAUCAUUUGAAGAAUUUGGAUCACAGAGUUCAUUCUGUAAUUGUUCCUUCUUGUCAUCAUAGUACCACUCCUUUGACCACCAUUAUCACUCAGACCACCACUCGUACCACCACCUCUGAUGCUAUUGAGACUAUCUUGAUGAGUGAUGAUGAUGCUAUUGAGACAUUUACAAGUCACAAUAAUAAUAACAUCAACAUUCACAACACAAAUCUCAUCAACAACAAUAGUCAUCCUAGUAGUAUCAUCAACAACAAUAGUCAUUCUACUACUAGUAAUAGUACUGGUGAUACUACUACUACUCUUGCAACUAGUUCAUCGACGACGAGUAGUAAUAAUGAUCAUCAUCAUACCAUUCUUCUCAUUCCCGAGCUCUCUGUGUGGUGUCCAUAUCUUGAUAGGAAUAUCAAAACAAUUAUUCGAUUACUGAAUGAUCGAAUCAUUCCACAUGUUGUUUCUAUUUCAAGACAUGUUCAUGUGACAUUGAAUGAAUUUGAAAAUGUCAUACAAUUGCAAUUCACAAAUAGAGAUUUAUUGAGACAAGCUUUAACUCAUAUGAUGACUAAAAGUAGUAAUACUAAUAAUAACAAUGGUAAUAGCAAUGGUAAUACUAAUAGCAAUUACAAUAAUAAUACAACUACUACAAAUAUUUCUGCCACUCUAACUCCAAAUGGAACUCUCCAAUACACCAACAUUUACACCACCACUGCUGAUCGUUUAGAAUUUUUAGGAGAUGCCAUUCUAGAUAUGGUCAUUUCACAUUUCCUUUUUGAGAAUUUCAAAACAGGAACAGAAUCUUUUCUUUCACAAACUCGAAGUUUAAUGGUUAAAAAUUCAACACUUCAACAAAUUGCAUUGAAAAUGAAUUUAAUCGAUUACAUGUUGUAUGCACCUCGACAGAGAAAUGUUUUAAUUCAAAGUGAGAGAGCACUUGCUGAUACUCUUGAAGCUAUGAUUGGUGUUAUAUUUUUAGAUCAAGGAUUACAAACAUGUGCUCAAUUUAUUAAGAAAUAUAUUAUAUUACCAUUUAUAGAAACUAAAUUUAAAAAGAUGAAAACAUUUCAAAAAUAUGCAUUCCAUUCAUUUGAAAUACCCUAUCUAUUAGAAUUUAAAUUAAAUGAUCAAGUAUUGAAUCAUUUAAAAGAAUUUGAAUCUAAAAUAUUAGGAGUUGAAUUUAAUAACAAAUUUCUAUUAUUAGAAGCAUUAACACAUUCAUCAUUUAAAUCUGAAUAUCUAGUUAAAGAUUCAAAUGAUCCUAUUCUAUCUCAUACAUUUUACAAGUGUAAUUAUGAACGAUUAGAAUUUCUAGGAGAUGCCAUUCUAAAAUUUGUGACUUGUAUAUUUCUAUAUAUGGGAUUUCCAAAUGCAAAUGAAGCUCAAUUAACACAAGCCAAACAUUUAACAGUAGAUAAUACCUAUUCAUUACCAAUGGCAUCUGAAUCAUUGAAUUUAUUACAAUACAUUCGACAACAUGUAUGUGAUGUGAGUGGUGGUUCGAGUGGUUCGAGUGGUGGUGGUGGUGAUGGUGGAAAUACAACCACAAGUCAAAGCACUGAACAAAGAACUAGUACUACUACUACUACUACUCAUCAACAUUUAUUAAGAAUUGAAAAGGAUUUAGUGAGUGAUGUCUUUGAAUCUCUCAUUGCUGCCAUUUAUUUAGAUCAAGAUGGAUUUAUGAAUACCUUUUGUUUUAUUAAUCAUCAUCAAGGGCCUGUGAGUGAUGAUUCAAGUGGUGAUGAUCAUUGUAUCACCACUAAUACUAUCAAUACGAAUACGAAUAUAACUAUUACGACUAUUGAUACUACUAUCUCUACCUAUUGUCCAUUUGUAGACAUUUCCAAUCAAUUCAUUUUCAAACAUUUAUUACAAAAGAGAAUUGAAUCGAUUAAUCCUUCCACGAUACAAGAACCUUACAAGAAUCGAUUACAACAUCUUGUACAGUCACUCUAUGCAACCAGUAUAGGUAGUAGUAGUAGUGGUCGAUCCUCCUCCUUCUUGUCAUCCUUUUUAUUAAAAUCCUCCUUCUCUCUUCCACACUAUGAAACACAAUCCAUUCCACUUCCACCUCCACACAAUGUAUAUUACAUUACCACACUCUAUAUUCAUCAAAUGAAAAUAUCCAUGGGAGAAGGAAUGGAUCGAAAACAAGCUGAAAAUGAAGCAGCAAGAAGAGCAUUUGAAUUUCUCAAUUCUUUGAUACGUGGUGGUGAUGAGAAUGGUGAUGAGAAUGGUAGUGGUGAUGAGAAUGAAGAUGAGGAUAUCCUAUCAAUAUCCCAUUGGAGUGAAUUUGGAAGGAAUCGUGAUUCAACCAGUAUGAAUAGUAAUAGUAGUAGUAGUAGUAGUAGUAUGAAUAGUAGUAAUAGUAGUAGCUAUUCAUCACUGAAUCAACCACCACCACUCGAACCAUCAUCAUCACUCUCCUACAAUCAUGACUUGAUUAAGAAAUUGAGAAAUUCAUUCUAUGAUCACUUGACAUUCAAAUUGAAUCCACCUUCCUCACUACAACAACAACAUGAUGAUGAGGAGUCAUUUAUUACCACUACUACAACGAACAGUCAUUCAUUCCAACAACAGCAGCAAGAAGAAGAAUUAUUACGAGAAUUAUUGAAAUAA